ACAUUAUCAAUUUGUACUUGUGUUAAGAACAUGCGGAAGGAACGUUUUAAAAAUUAUUUUGAGUAAUUCUUAUUUGGAUUUGGUGAAUUAGUUUAACCCUACGAAAUACCUACAUUAUUAUAUACAAUCCCUUUUUGUUUCACAAAAACAAAUACGCUGCGAAAGCUAUUUUAAUCUACAAUGUUUACUUUUUAGGUUAUGCGUAGCUGCUUGAUACCUUCUGUUAAAAAAGCCUAAUUUUUCCCCCCACCAAUGCGUGAUUGCGAUGGCAGUUGGUUCAAGAGCACAUCAUUUGCUUAUAUCUAACAAUAAAAUUAGUCAUUAUAUUGCUCUACCCAAUAGAAGGGCUUUGUGUGGUUGUUUGUCGUCUGUACCUAGAUGGAAGGAAAAAUCAGCAGUCGUAUUCAAGGACCUGGUAAAUAUUUAUUGUUUUAAUAGAUAUAUUAGCAUUUCAAGCAGGAAAAAUACAAACGUUCGACUUACUCCUCAAGAGGUUACUUCUCUUCUUCGGGAAAAUGAAUUCACUAAAGAAUUUUUGAGCUCUGGGUCAGUCAAGUCUUACGAUUCCAAUCAGUUACUGUCCAACAAUCCUAUUGAAGAUACCCGUUCGGAAGCACAGUGCCUGCUUACAACAGGUCUGUUGUUGGGAGUUUUCGACGGCCACGGAGGUCCAGCGUGUGCGCAUGUCGCAGCCAAGAGAAUGUUGCACUACAUCGCAGUGUGCCUCCUACCACCAGACGCUCUUCGGAAAUACUUGGACGCUGUAGAUAAAAAGGUAGAAAUAAAAUUACUGGACUGUUUUAAUGAAAACAUAGAGCUGAUAGACGAUCUGAAAGUCUUGUACGAAAGAAGCUUUCGGACGUUCGUGAAGGAGCUGUCGGAGCAGACGGCUCGACGAGAGUUCCACAUGAAGGACGCCAUGGAGCAGGCGUUCCUCCGGCUGGACGACGACAUCUCGCGAGAGGCCACGCCGGAGGGGGGCAGCAAGGUGGACGCACGGACGAUGUCCGUGGCCAUGUCGGGGGCGGUGUCGUGCGUGGCCCACGUGGACGGGCCCCACCUGCACCUGGCGAGCGUCGGGGACUGCCAGGCGGUGCUGGGCGUGCUGUCCGAUGUCGGAGCGUGGACCGCGAAGAAGCUGAGCGUCGAGCACAACACGGACAAUCAGUCGGAAGUGAGCCGGAUCCUGAGCGAGCACCCGCCCGGCGAGCGCGACACCGUCAUCAGGAUGGACCGGCUGUUGGGGCAGCUGGCGCCGCUCCGGGCUCUCGGGGACCACCGCUACAAGUGGGGCAUGGACAAGAUGAGGGACCUGGUGGUGCCCCACCUGGGGGAGAAGGCAGUCCCCCCAAACUACCAUACUCCCCCGUACCUGACUGCCCGCCCAGAGGUGGUGUACCACCACCUGACCCCGCGAGACAAGUUCCUGGUGCUGGCAACGGACGGGCUGUGGGACCUGGUAUCGCCGCUUCAGGCCGUGCGGCUGGUGGGGGAGCACAUGAGCGGCAAGGUGACGCUCAGCCCAUUCCGCCUGCCGCGCAAGAACAUGCGCAUUGUGGACAUCAACCAGCUGCUGCUCCAGCGCAAGGAGGGCCUCGCAAAGAAGCCCGUUGAUACCAAUGCUGCGACCCAUCUCCUCCGGAAUGCCCUCGGGGGCACGGAAUACGGGAUGGACCAUGGGAAGCUGUCGCACAUACUCUCCUUACCGGACGAGCUGGUCAGGCUGUUCAGGGAUGACAUCACCAUCACUGUCGUGUAUUUCGAUUCCGAGUUCCUGAGGCACUGCCCUCCGUGAGCGCUUUGACUGCAAUUUGGGCUGAGUUAGAGUUGAGAUACAGUAGUGCCAGAUGUUAGAGUUGUUUUUUUUUGUUUUUGUUUCAAUAUUAGUUUUCAUAUCUUUCGAUUGAAGUUUAUUUCCUGUUAAUGUUAUAGUUUUUAAAAAAAAAUUUGGGAUGAAAAAUUCAGCUCUAAAAGUUUGUCCUCGAAAAUGUGUUUUUGGUGGUUGAUGUGAAUAAAAGAUAUUUGUACCUACCUUAUUUAAAAGAAUUUAGUAGAACCCUUUCAUAUGAAGUUCAAAUUAGUGUAAAUUAGAACUUAAUUGUAUCUGCAUACACAAAUAUUUUAUAAUGGUUUUCAAAUUUUUUUUUGUAGUUGAAAGGUGCUAAGGCUGACUUUUUUUUAUUUAUCAAGUGGUUCAUUUUUUUAUUAAUCUCUUUGCUUACAUAUUCAUAACAAUUUUAUAACACAAGUAUCUAAGCAUUACCAAAGUUAAUUCUGGUACCUACUUAAAGACUCAUGUUAGCAGUUGCAUAUGCAUUCAAAUAGUGAGACAACAGAUUUAUCAUUAAAAAAACUGCUUUUGGCUUUAGUAUUUGACUUCAUGGGUAAGGGUAUUGGAAUCUGAAUACAACGGGUCUGACUGUAAUUUAGCAGAUGAAUCUGAAAAGAUGGAGCCUUGAUCAUUGUGGUUGUUUUAUGUCAUGUGCUUUAAACUGUAGCAAAGCAUUUACCUCAUUUUUGUAGUCACUCCUAAUACAAGAUUUUGCUGAUUGAGUUUUGAGUGAAUGCUAGCUAGUUAGAAUACUAUUUACUAAGCCCAUUACUUUAGUUUAUGAAAACUAAUUAAUGGUUGUGCUAAACCAUCUUCUGCACUUGUAGUUAGUCCACACUGUAUUUUUAUGUAAGUUUUAAAAUGUUAAGAAAAUGGUAGUUUGCUGAAGUACUUGAUUUCUACCGGAAAAAUUAUUUCAAUACGUAGUUGCAAAUUUUUUUUAAGUAAAUUUUAGUUGAUCUAGAUGUAAUUUUAUUGUAUUCUAGCUGUAAUAAGAAUAUAAUGCAGUUGCUUAAUUUUAUUUUUUAUUUUGUUAUUUCUUUAGGAUACAAAAAAAAUCAUUUUAAAUAAAUAAAUGCAGCUAUUGUAAAAUAAUUAUUGAUGAGUAAAAAAUAAUUUUAUUAGUACUUAUGUUGAGUGCUAUUUUUUUUAUGUUUGCUAAUUUGUCUUUUAAAUAAAUUUUUUGUUGCAACUAUA